AUGGUGCGGGGAGCGUGCAGCGAGAACCUCGGCAGGUGGCUCGUCGCUGACCUGCCCCUUGGGGCACGCGCUGGCAUCCUGGAGUGCCACAGGAUCGUCAAUGAGGGCGACCCGCUGAUGGACUGCAGGGAGUGCAACUGGUACCUGUGCUUCAGUUGCUCCUUCCAGCGGCAGCACGCGCGAACUGGGCGCCUCUGCUGCCCGCGCGGCCACGAGCUGCGGCGCUGGGCCUGCCAGCAGGGCGGCUUCUGCGACUGCUGUGGCGCCAAGCGGGCGCCGGGCGAGAUGGUCCUGGAUUGCAGGGCGUGCGACUGGUACGUCUGCGAGGAAGUGGCGGCGGGGUCCUGCUGGAAGGCGGCUCUCUCGCUCGACGCCGGCAGUGGCGUCGAGCAGCAGAACGGGUCUGACCAGCCGCCGAAGGGCCCUGGGUGUCCUGGGGGCCACGAGGCAAGGCCACAGAAGGCGCAGCACGGCCAAUGCGACGUGUGCAGGGGGGAGGUGCUGUCCGGCGAGCUGGUCAUGGCUUGCGACUCUUGUGGUUGGUACCAGUGCAACGCAUGCUUGGUGCAGAGUCUGAAGGGUAGAUAA